AUGGUGAUAUUCCAUGAAGAAGCGAACAAGAAAGCCAAAGAUCUCGAACACAAGAUCAGCAAGAAAGUGCCUAUAAUUUCAAUUGAUGAGAUUUUCCCCACUGGUUCAACUGCCGCAGAAUACCGGGUGGCUGAAGACCAAGUUCUAAAGUUCAUUCAACCGAUGCACAACUGGUUCCCUAAGGUGACGAAAAUUGAAAAAGUUACCAAUCUGGUUUUGGAAAAAAAAUUCGAAGAAGCAAAGUCCAGAGCAUUUGGUGAUUUCAUCGCUCCAAAGUUCCAUGGUACAUCAGAUGACGGUGUAAAGGGUAUCACCGAAGAUGGAUUCAGAAUGCCAGACCCGGAUCCUCCACCUGCCAAACGUGGAAUGUAUGGCCAAGGUAUCUACUUCGCCACGGAUUCUUCCAAGAGUGCACGGGAAAUUUACACGAAAGGUUCCCAGAAGCUUCUCCUCUGUCAAGUUCUUCUCGGAAAGUCGAAGGAAGUUCGCCAUGCUGACAACAGUUUGAACAAGGAUAAGUUAAGAUUAAAAAGAUACGAUUCCGUGCAUGCUCCUCGAGGGUCAGCUGUGAAGAAUGACGAGUUUGUGAUCUUCGAUCCUGACCAGGCACUUCCACAGUACAUCAUUCAUUUCUCUUCUACCAAUCAUAUUGCACCACCAUCACCGACAUGGUUGACGCACAAGAAAAUUUUCAAGAAGACUAUGACAGCAUCAAGAACGGUAGAUUUCCAAGAUCCAUACGAAAUCUAUUACAAUUUCGCCGAGUCCCAUUUCCGACGAAUGGCAGCUAAUAGUAACCCACCUUUGUCCCCGCAACAAGCUACGAUUAAAUCUAUCGAUAUUGUCAUUAACCAGAAUCUUAGCAUUCAAUUCGAAAAAACUAAGCAAGAAUUCAAAAGGAAACGCAUUCCUGACGACGAAAUUCUUGCUUAUCAUGGAACUGAUAAGAAAAACAUAAAUAGUAUCCUAGAAACAAACUUGCAACUGAGUUACGCCCAAAGACAACUCUAUGGUAAAGGAAAUUAUUUCUCAGAAUUCCCGGCAAUCAGUUUGGGCUAUGGCGAUGGUCUCUUGCUGUGUCGUAUUCUUCCAGGAACAGAAAAAGUUGACAAUAGCAUACGUGAUAUACCCCAAGGUUACAAUUCCAAGAAAGUAUUGUUAGGAAAGCAACCUGGAACUGCAGCUGCUAACGCUGCGAGUGGUGAAAUGAUUAUUAUAGAAAACUCUGAUCAAAUUUUGCCUUUCUUUGUUAUCCAUCGCUAA